AUGCGAAUUGAGAGCGAGCGUGGAGGAUACGAAUCGUCGCGGGAUUGGCGACAUAAAUGGGACGAAAGGCGUCAUAUGCGGUCUCGAGCGGCGUGAUAAAUCGCGCCUUUGUCGUAGACGAGCCGAUAAAUUGGAAUGGCGUCGAAAUUAAUGGACCUACUCAGGAAACUAACGCGGCGAAGCCGGAACGUCAGCAAUGGGGAAGCGACAGAGAGUUCCUGCUGUCCUGCAUCGCCAUGUCGGUCGGCCUUGGAAAUAUAUGGCGAUUCCCGUUCACGGCCUACGAGAAUGGCGGCGGUGCCUUCCUGAUACCGUACAUCAUCGUCCUGAUCGUCAUAGGAAAGCCGUUUUAUCUGCUGGAGAUGAUUCUGGGACAGUUCUCCAGCCAGUCAGCCGUAAAAAUCUGGGAUCUCGCGCCGGCAUUCCGAGGCGUCGGCAUCGCGCAAUGUAUGACGCUGCUGGCACUAGCGUCUUAUUACUGUUCGCUGAUGGCGUUGACUCUCUUCUACCUCGUCGCCAGCUUCCAGACGGAACUGCCGUGGGGAAGAUGCCGGGAAGAAUGGGGCGAAUUCUGCGUAGACUCUCUACCGGGCAAUCACAGCGCUAGAACCGAGAACACGAGUUACACCAGUUCCGCCGAGCUAUAUUUCUACAAGGAGGUAUUACGAGAGAAGGACAACAUCGACGAUGGCAUCGGCAUACCGGAUUGGCGUCUGUCGAUCACACUUUUCAUCAGCUGGCUAACAGUCUUCCUUGUAGUGAUCCGAGGCGUGCGUAGUUCUGGCAAGGCGGCGUACUUCUUGGCGAUAUUUCCCUACAUAGUCCUCGUCGUGCUGCUUGUAAGGGCGGUCACCUUAGAUGGAUCUACCGCCGGUAUCCUGUACUUCAUCACCCCAACGUGGGAAAAGUUGAUGACACCGAUGAUCUGGUAUCACGCUGUCGCCCAAUGUUUCUUCUCGUUGACCGUCUGCUUCGGCGCCGUCGUCAUGUUCGCCUCGCACAACAAGUUCGACCAUGAUGUGUAUCGGGACGCGAUGAUCGUGACGACUUUGGACACUUUUACCAGUCUGCUAGCCGGUUGCACGAUCUUCGCCAUUCUGGGUAAUCUCAGCCGCGAAUUGGGUACCGAGGACGUCGGCGCAGUGGUCCGUGGUGGCAUCGGAUUGGCAUUUAUCUCCUACCCGGAGACAAUCGCCAAGUUCACGGUCGCGCCGCAAUUUUUCGGCGUCGUGUUCUUCGCAAUGCUAUUCGUCCUGGGGAUCGGUAGCGAGGUCGGCCUCACCUCCGCCAUAAUUUCCAUCGUGCACGAUCAGUUCCCGAAGGUCAAGUACUGGCACGUAGCUGCUGGCACUUGCCUCUGCGAGUUUUUAAUCGGUCUUAUAUACGUCACGCCGGGCGGCCAAUUCAUGAUAACCUUCGUCGAUUAUUACGUGACCUCGUUUAUCGCUUUUCUGCCGGCUGCUUUCGAAAUGAUCGCCGUCGCUUGGUCGUACGGACUGGGUAACUUCUUGAACGACAUCGAGUUCAUGCUGAAGAGACGCCUAUCGAUGUUCUGGCGGCUCUGCUGGAGCAUCCUUACUCCUGGAAUUAUCCUUGUGAUCUUCCUGUAUACAUUCGCCAAUCUCGAACUUCUGAAAUACAAUAAGAAUUUCUACCCGAAUUCAGCUUACGUUGUAGGUUGGAUUCUCUUUUCCAUUGCUGUUUUCCAAAUACCUUUAUGGAUUGCCAUUGCGAUAUUCAAGAAAAGACAUCUUCCUUUCCAGAAAAUGAUUAGGCAAGCAUUCCAGCCAUCGAAAUCUUGGGGUCCGAGCAACGCGGAAGAUCGUAGAAAAUGGUUGGCCUUCCGAGAUCAGCGUGAUGCGGAAGAAGAAUGAUAUCACGGUAUAUAAAUCAACAGUUCAAGGUUCGUCCUGACUUUCAAAAGAUGACGUUUCAAGAUUUCGACGAUGAGGUCAACCGAAGUUAAAUGACUUUAUAGCAGAAUUACAAGCGGCACAUUCAUCGUUUUGCAAUUAACGAAACUCAUCAUUAUAAUUAAUGACAUAUAUGUCAUUACAAUGUUACAUGGCACUAAGUAUAAUGAUGGUAAUGAGCAUUUUCGCAAUUCAUUUGUCCUUGCUAACUGUACGUCUGUUAUUUCUAAGCUUCAUAGAAAAUGGAACCGUGUGAAUGAAAAUGGAACCAUGACUUCACGAUUAUAGCUUGUAUGCAAUACUGGCGUUGAAGCACUGCGCGUUGUAUCUUAAAUACAAAGCGCGAUUUAAAAAAAAAUUUUAAUGCGUUAAAUAGUUUACGAGCGGCAAAAAAAUACAGUACAGUUCUAUAUGUAAUUAUUAACAGUCGAUAAAUUAUGAGAUAUUUGGAUUCUAAAUUCGCGAAACAUUUGAGAUAUUUCGUUACGCAAGCAUAUAUGCAAAUAGAAUAAAUAUGUGUGCCUAUCAUUGCCUCCUUCUCUUGUCGCCGAGAGAACUUGUUGGUUUCCUUUCGCUUAGAAAGAUUCUGCGUCAUUGCAUAUGAAGCGUGACGUAUCGUGACAUCAUGCAACUGUGACGUACGGGAUUAUAUUGCGAAUACAGAAAAUACAAAAAAAAAGAAAGAAAAA